AUGCCGCGCCCCGCGCUCGUCGUAGCAAUUUGUGUUGCUCUUCUGGCCAUCACCAUCUUCAAGACACCACUCGCAGACAGCAUCACAGCCAUUCUCUCAGCGAGGGACACAACCACGAACACAAACAACAGCACCAGCUCGACACCACUCAUGCUCAACAGCACCGUCAAGUCGACCAUGUCCAAGACGCUCCGCCACGCACGCAUCUCGCCGCACCGCAGCGGCACCCGCGGCCACUCGGACCACGGCUGGCUCAACACGUACCACUCCUUCUCGUUCGCCGACUGGUACAACCCAGACUACACGCACUUUGGCGCGCUGCGCGUGCUCAACGAGGACCGCGUCAAGGCGCAGACGGGGUUCCCGACGCACCCGCACCGCGACUUUGAGAUUUUCAGCUACAUCCUGUCGGGCGAGCUGACGCACCGCGACUCGAUGCUGCGCAAGGGCGCCGAGGGCGACGCCAGCGCCGACCAGUUCUACCGCAUGCACCGCGGCGACGUGCAGUUCACGACGGGCGGCACGGGCAUCGCGCACUCGGAGAUGAACGAGCACCAGCGCGACACGGUGCACUUCCUGCAGAUCUGGGCCAUCCCCUGGAAGCGCGGCCUGCCGCCCAACUACCACACGCGCCACUUUGACGACGACGCCAAGCGCGCCGCCUUUGUGCCCAUCCUGUCGCCGCUCAAGGGCGGGCCCGACGCCUCGGCCGCCGAGGAGAAGGCUGCCGAGCCUGCCGUCGACGGCACCAUUCCCAUCCACGCCGACCUCGUCAUGGCGGCCGGCAUCAUCGCCCCCGGCCGCGCCUUUGAGUGGAGCAUCGGCAGCCGCGGCACCACCCAGACCAAGCGGAAGGUCUUUGUCCACCUGCCCAUGACCAAGAGCGGCAAGGCCAAGGUCAGGAUAGACGGCCGCGACGACGCCGUCUUGUCUGAGGGUGACGGCGCAUUUAUCGAUGCCGUCCAUGCUGGGGACAAGCUUGGCGUCGAGAGCGUCGGUGAGGCCGAGGCCGAGGUCAUUGUGCUGGAUACUGCGUAA